GGAAAAUAAUCUGUGUGAAGCUUUGAAUCACAUCUUAACAAAAGGAUCCUAUUAUAUACUCGGUUCAAGCGUAAACUGAAGUCUAAGUGAAUAGAGUCCGACCAUUGGCUGUUAUAAUGAAGUGAACAGCUGAUCCAAGUAAACGUACUUUUUUAUUCAGAUAAAACAACGGUUUGUGGGCAGGUGGGUUCAUCGGUCUUCAUUUCUUCCAAAAUUGCCAAUGGCUAAUGACGAAGUUUGAAUUUUUUUCUGUUUUUUCUUUACAAGCCUCGAAAUGGUUCAAGCGUUUACUGAAUUCUAAGUGGGUAUAAAAUGUGUUAAUGUUAAUGUUAAGAUUACCAAGAAACAGUGGAGGCGUUUAAUAUAGUUUAGUAUUAUUUCUAAAGUGGGGGUAUUUAAUCAAACUUAUUCAGCAAAAACUCAUAUAACAUUAGAAGGCGUUAAAAAAAAUCACACAAUCGAACAUGGUAAAGACCCACCGGCUUUAUUCAAUAGAUCUAUCAUAAUUAAUAUCAUAUAGUAGAUAUGAUAUGCGCGUAAAAAUUCCCCCAUUUCGUCGUUGAUAGUGCAAAUGUAUCUAAUAAAAGCUUUUUACAUUUGCUGAUAAGAAAUCGCCACCACGAAACCAAAAAAAAGUAUAUAUAGUCAACAGUGCGCUAAUUAGACUUUCGGUGAACGGACUUGGUCAAGAAAAGAGUUUUAACAAUAUUCAUUGUGAUUCAGUAUGAUUUUCAAGACUAUCUACGAUAGCGACAAUCACAUCUGGAAGAGUGAAAAUGUGGAGAAGAUUUUCAAUUCGAACAAAUCCAUUGGUGCCGUUGCUUUGUAUAUGCUACGCAGCAAGCCACCGAAUGUGGCAUGCCAGAUUUCCGAUUCGGAAGGUACGGAGCUCACCUACGGCACAGCUUGUUCGUAUGCAAUAAGUGUGGCCUCUUAUCUGAAAGGACUUGGAUUAGGCUGUGAUGAUGUUGUGGGUAUUGUCGGUCAGAAUACGACGUUGCUGAUGCCGGUUCUGGUUGGGUGCUGGAUCAAUGGCACCCCUUAUAACACAUUGCAUCCUAUACAUGAAGCAGAUGAUAUUAAAUUAUUGUUUUCACUGACGAAACCGAAGAUAAUUUUCUGUGAUGGUGAGGUGUUCCAUAAAGUACAAAAUGCUACUAAAAUGUUGAAUGCGCCUAUAUUCACUUUGUGUAAUCAUCUGGAAGGCGUGCCACAAAUUCAAGAUAUAUUGCAACCAGUGCCGAUGGAGGGAUUAUAUCAAGCUACCCCAUUGAAGUACGGACCCAAUCAAACUAUGGUUAUCAUACCUUCAUCCGGUACAACGGGGAAACCGAAGGCUGUAUGCAGGUCAAAUCGCAAAUUGUUGUCUGAAUAUGGCCACACCGAUGGUUCUUCGGUUCUGUUUUCUUUCUCAUCACCCGACUGGGGUACCGGCAUUCUAUUAAUAGUCGCGAAUGUGUUGUGCGGCGGUACACGCAUUAUAACAACAAAACCAUAUUCCCCUGAGUAUCUUCUGGAGAUUAUCACAAAGUACAAAGUAACGAAUUUAACCGGUUCGCCCAAUCAAUUUGGAGAUAUUUCACAGUUGUCCGGCUACACAGCGGAAGCAAUGUCUAGUGUUCGUGUAAUUAUAAUGGGAGGUUGUCAUGCCCUACCUUCUGUGCAGGCCAAUAUACGAGCCAAAUUAACAAAUGGUGUAUUGGUGAACUCAUACGGCACCUCGGAGAUUGGUGGCAUCUCAGCGAACUAUUCCGAUUAUAAAGUCGAUACGGUUGGCAGUUUAUGGGGUGGUGCGCAAGUUAAGAUAAAGAAGCAAGCGGCAGGUGAUGUACAGCAAUUAAUGGGUCCCAAUGAAAAAGGCGAAAUUUGGGUGCGCACUCCCGUAAGUUGGUUGGGUUAUCAUAAUAAUCCUGAAGCUACAGCUGAUAUCAUGGAUGCUGAGGGCUGGAUCAACACUGGCGAUAUAGGUUACAUGGACGAUGAGGGUUUUCUACAUUUGGUGGAUCGCAGUAAGGACAUUUUAAAAUACAUGGGCUUCCACUACUCGCCACAUGAGAUCGAAGAGACUAUAGUGUUACUGCCAGAUGUCGCAGAUGUUUGCGUCUUUGGGGUCUAUGAUGAUGUGGAAGGCGACCUGGCUGCCGCUGCUGUGGUGUUAAAACCAGGUAGUACAGUCACCGAGUCGGACAUUAUGCGUUUUGUAGCAGAAAAAUGUGUGGUUAAGUACAAACAGCUCCAUUACGGUGUCUUUUUCGUGGAUUCGAUAGCGCGGAAUUCUAAUGGAAAACUACUGCGUGCAAAGAUUAAGGAGAUAUGCUUGAAAAUGCAACAAAAAACUGUUACAAAGAUUUCGCAAAGUUGAGACUAAAAUAAUGUUAUGCUAAAAGAUUUAAAAAUUUAAGUGUAAAUAAAUGAUAUUCUGCUUAAUAC